AUGGACGGUCGAGUCAUUCUCGUGGGCCAGAAUCUUGAGGCGGCGCUGAGAGCCUUGUCUUCGGAUCCGGAUUAUGUUGGUGGCUUGAAGAUUUGGGUCGAUGCCAUUUGCAUCAACCAGAAAGACUUGGCUGAGCGCAAUCGUCAAGUCAAGCGAAUGCGCAUGAUUUACGGCAAGGCUCUGGUCGUGUCGAUCUGGCUCGGCAAGGUUCCAGACGACGCCAUCCACGAUUUUGCACUGCUGCAUGAGUGCAUCGUCAAGUGCAAAGACGAUCAAACAGCUUCCGAGGUACUUGAGAAUGUGCUCGCCGAUCCGGUAAAGAAGGAGACCAUUAGGAAUUCGAUUGACACUGUCGUUAGCGCACAAUAUUGGACCCGAGUGUGGGUUAUCCAAGAAAAGUGCCUUGGGCCGUUCAAUCCCUCAAUUCUCUUUGGGACGUUCCGCAUGGGGUUGAUCCCGCUGAAGAACUUCCUACAGCGCGCAACCAACAUCCGUGGUGCCGUAAGGGCUCGAGAGAAGGUGUGGCGGGUGCUUAAGCUCGUUGAGUUGGUUGAAGCCAAUCAAGAGCGCGUCCGUCGUGGUCGUGCGCAGACUUUAGAAGAAAAGAGAAAUGACCAAGACGAUCUGGGGCUGCUGCUAAUGGUUGGGCGUCUCGCUGGCUCACUUGACCUGCGAGACCGGCUUUACGGCUUGAUGGGGAUGAUACCCGAGUAUGUGACGAAACAUGUCGAGCCAGAUUAUACAAAAGACGUAUCCGAGGUGUUCUGUGACUUUGCUAGAGCACUUGUCUCCGGCUUCGAGUCUUUCGACAUCAUCCUUACUGGUACCACAGACUCUGAUCUGGAGCUUCCGUCUUGGGUACCUGACCUGACUUCUGCGUGGGAUCCCUAUCUCUGGGGCACUGACUGCGAUGCUAGCUGGGGUCAAGAAGCAGAGUUCAGAUUGGACAAUGGUGGGCGGAUACUAGUGACGAAAGGAUUCCAAGUUGACGUGGUGGACGGAACGGCACCUCAUUUAGGAUGGGCAAGUGGAGGACUUUCAGUCUUGGAAGAUGCUGUGCAGCCGGCUUGCACGAUAUUGCCACAAAACGCGAAAGAGGCAAUCAUCAAAACCCUGCAUCGAGCAGCGAUCUACGAUUGCCAUACUGGAACAACGGUCCUUGACAUUCCAUGGCUCGACAGCUUGGACAGCAACGAUCCGAAUAUCAUCGCAAUGAAGGAGAGUGGCUGGGGCCCAGUCCUGAACCACGCCAACUUGAAAGACUUGAAUCAGUUCCGAAAGCAGGUCGCCGCUCAUUGGAGACCAUGGGGUUGCGAUUUCAAGAGUUUCUUUCCCCGUGUUGAGGAUGUGGGGAUGUGCAAGAAUCCUAAGGCGUUCGUAGAAUCCUUGGAUAAGCAUGUGGGCAUCGUAUAUCCUGUAUUUACCACCGAGAGAGGACUCUUCGGGACGGCUACACUGAAAGCACUCAGGAAAGGGGACUCGAUCUUCGUGAUCAAAGGCUGCUCCGCACCUAUCAUUAUGCGGCAACAAGGCAAUGGUUGGCGGGUGAUUGGCCAGUGUUUCGUGGAAGGUCUCAUGCGUGGUGAGGCAAGAAAGUGGUUGGAUAAGGGGGAGAAACAAUUGGUCGAGAUUCAAAUAAUAUAG